AUGCCACCUCCUCGUGGCAACGUAUCGCUCCUCUUGUUCAUUAUCAUAGUCCUUUGGUGGAUUGGAUCCAAUGACAACAGUAUUCCCUCCGAUUUUGGAAAUCCGCAGCAAUAUGUGGAGGAACAAUUGGCGCACAACAGGCAUGUGUAUGAGGUGUUGAAUACGACAAGUUAUGGGGAUUUUGCGCCGGAGAAGAAGGAAGAUGCAAGAUAUUUGAAUCUGACGGGGUUUAAGGUGGAGGAUGGAUAUAAAUGGGAGAGAUUGGAUACGUUUAAGGAGAGGAGUGAUGAAUUGAGGAGAUGGGCAAGAGAAGCGGCGGGGAAGUCGGAAAUUAACAGGGUUGGGGUAAUGGAGUUGGAGGGGAGGAUUUAUGCGAAUGUGACAGGAGUGGUGAAGGGGAGGUGGGCCAGGUAUAUGGGAGGCUUGGUGGAGGGCAAAGAGAGGAGGGGCGGGUUGAAUUUAAGUGUCAUUGCGCCGGGGGUAGGGUGGGCCGUGAGGGAUGAGGAGCUGUGGGCGAAGAAUAUUACGGGGAGGGAAGGAAAAGUUAUGUUGAGGUUCGAUGAGGUUGGGGUUGAGGAAAUGAUUGCGAAGAGGAAUAAGGGUGAUGCUGCUGAAGGUAAAACCUCGGCGAAGGUUGGGGAAGGAAUUACGGAAGAGGAGGUUAAAGUUCAAAGAAGGGAUAUAUCUGAUGGGAUCGAGAGGGUUGAUCUUGGAAUUGGCGCAAAUCCGACUACGGAUAUACUCGUUAGGGAGAUUACGGCCUCACUGACAAUUCAAGACGAGAGCAGCAAUGGAGAUGGAUAUGAAAUGAGAAUGCAUGGUGUACAUUGGCCACAUGAAGGAGGGAUCCUUUUGACAACUAGCAGCGACAAAUUCGCUGGAGCUUUUGCCCUCCCUCACUUUACGACUGAUGAGGACCAUUUCACAAGCAGUGCAGAGGUUAUGAAGAAAAUUCUAGGCAUUAGGCUGCACAAUCUCGAGGAAUCUGCAAAGGAAAAUCCAAGGAGUCUUCUGGAGCCAAAUUCGGGUCAAAUCGAUGGUUUGCCAACACCUCAUUGCGAAUACGUCUUAUUCGCUCAAGUACAACCUCUAAAAUUCAACGGUCUCGAGUAUCAAGAUACAUCACCUGAAGCACACACUUUUGCCCAGGAACUCGAGAAUGAACUACGAUUUCCUAAUGGCGCUCCUAUUCCUCAACCGCCGAAGUUACAAAUAUCUACGAUAAUUUUCUCGCCUGAUUGUGGAUUUAUGCUUGAGUCAAAAGGACCCCCGAAUUUUGCACCUGUUGAUGGAGAGCAUCUUAUUGGCUUGAAACAGGAGAUUUGGUUACAAAGCAUUCGUUCUUGGUUAACAAUACUUGCAGUGGUAGCUCUUGGACAGGCUCUAAUUCUGAAGGUGCAAUGUAAGGAGGCUUCUACGCCAUCAACUGUUGGCCGUAUUAGCAUUUAUACUGUUGGCAUGAUGCUUCUGGCAGAUGGAUUGUUAUUCUUUACCAUGUCGCUUGCGAGUGCUACACUAUCCAGUAUCUUCCCAUCUGCAUUAUUGGCAUCAUUUGCUGGCUUAAUGUCCGUAGCACUUGGAGCUCGCUUUAUCUCAAAUAUUUAUGGUGUUCAGGAACCGGAACGAUUGGAGCGGGAGAGGGAACAAGCAGCUGCUUUGGCGGAAUUACAAGCUAGAAACCCAACUGCGAUUGUACAAUCAGUACCAAUUAUCACGGCCGCGGGCUCAGAUACACUGCCUUUACCUGUUACUUCUUCAGCUCAAACUACAACCCAAGAUGUCCCUAUCAUCGUCCCUUCAGAUCAAGAUAUCGACGCAGAAAUAGCCGAAAAUGUCAACGCAGCAUCGAUACUACCUCGUCCAGCAGGAGCUCCGACCACCACCACCACUACCCAGCCUGAAUCGAGAGUAAACUCCGACAUAACUCCCUACUACGGUAAAUUCAUCCUCCUUCUAACCGUGAUCCUCCUCCUUUCCGUCGCCUCCACCUCCUGGCCUGUCCCUCUCCGCACAGCCUAUGUCCACCUUCUCUCAUUCAUCUACAUGUCCCUCUGGAUUCCACAAAUAAAGCGCAACAUCACGCGCAAUUGUCGGAAAGCCCUUCUUUGGCGUUUCAUCAUCACACAAAGUUUGCUGAGGUUAGCACCUUUCGCUUAUUUCUAUCUGUAUGAAGACAAUUUUCUCUUCAGCGAAAGUGAUUCGACGGCAAUGAUGGUUUUGACAGGAUGGGUUUGGUGCCAGGUUGUGAUAUUAUACAGUCAAGAGGUCCUGGGACCCAGGUGGGCAGUUCCGAAACGAUUUGGUUGGUAUAAGGAGGGAUGGGACUACCAUCCAGUAUUGCGGGAAGACAAUGUCGAGGCAGGCGGGUUACCUAUCGGUCUUGUGAGAAUCCCUCUGAAUUCUCCCACGACGCCAGAUUUUGCAGAAGCGGAUAUGGCUACGGAGAGUGAGAGGGAUGAUAACAAAGCUGGCAUUCGAACCGUGGAUUGCGCGAUUUGUAUGCAGAUUUUAGAGGUUCCGGUCGUGGGCAUGGGCGAGGAUGAGGGUGUGUCAAAGGGGGUGAUGGGGGCUUGGGAUCGCAGGAGCUAUAUGGUGACGCCUUGUAGACAUGUUUUUCAUACGCAGUGUUUGGUGGGUUGGAUGAAGUAUCGGUUGCAGUGUCCGAUUUGUAGGGAGGGAUUGCCGCCGUUGUAA